GUCUAGGUUUGUACCUGUAUUUAUUACUUGUCUGAAUUAUUAUCGCAAGAAAAGUUGUUAAAAUCAAUAUAACGAAUAAAUUAGAUAUCUUUAGAGUCAUAUAUUUGUGUUCAAACUUCUUCGAAUGUUAUAUCUGAUAGUUAAUUUAAGUAAGAUUAUAUUUCUAUAAAAAUAGUUAAUGUUACCUAAAUCCGCGAAAAUUUCGUUAUCUUUAAAUCUAUAAAAUCAUUUCUUUAUAUAUUCUGUUUAAAGGCCAGUGAAUUCCAGCUUUAUUUAAUUGAUUUGUUUUUAAUAAUUGAUUCAUUCUCUAAAGACGAUCAUCGAGUAUUGCUAUCUGUGUUUAAGCGACAGAUAAAUAGAAUGCAUAACCGACGAGUAAAUGAUAUCUGUUUUACAGAAACCAGGACAAACAAAUAUUUAAAUUUAAGUAAUAAUUUCGAAAUUUUGCUAUAUGAACAACAUAUCUAAACGUUUCUAAGAAAUACGAAAAAACACGAAAAUGUUGCGCAGCCGCAUUGAGAGAAAUCAAAGUUAUACGAUUGUUGCAAAGAAAACAUGCAUCAAAUGUCAGUAAAAGCUUGUUUGAUGGUGAAACAAAUUCCAUAACACAAGCCUAAAGUUUAAAACACAAGAAAAGAUAGACAAAACACUAAUAGUUGAUAGAAUUUUACCUGUGCCCACAUUAGUACGGUCGUUAAAAUGCUGCUAAAAGAAAUCGCCAGGUUUUCAUUGCAACAUCGAACUUUGUACUGCUAUCUGAUACUGAGCAUUUGGAUAUUUUUGCUGAUAGCAGGCAUGUACAAGUACAUCGGUUCCAUAGAAAAUGGUAAUAAUCUGCUGAGUGCGAAGGGAUUCGGAUAUCGCAAAACGGAAUCCUACCUGGUAGGGGAAGGAUAUCCGACGGGCAGAAAUAGAGUCCGGGAAAUCAAUCAAACCGACUGUACGCAUCCGUACGCGAUUGUUACGGGCGAGGAAGGUGGCUCCUUGGAGGGUUGGACAUUGCAGGGCGUACUGCUGCUGAUACGCCACGGUGACCGUGGCCCAAUGGCACAUGUGCGAGGCAUCAAUGAGGUUGACUGUGGAUAUGAUAAUGAUCCCACCCUGGCGCGAUAUAUUAACUUCCUGCAGAAUACUACCACGGGCAGUACUAGCGGUGGACACUGGAUGAAAACGGGCCCAUUCCAUGGGUUUCCCAUGCUGCCGGCAGCGACGAAGGUGUGCUUGUUGGCGCAGUUAACGCACAAAGGAAUUGCCCAGAUGCUACACGUGGGUGAUAUAGUUCGACAAGCUUACGCGAAUGCACUCGGUUUGUACGCACGUGUGCCGAUGAGUACACCGAGAACUACCCCCUUCAAUGGCACGGAUGGAGCUUCGAAUCCAACAUCUGGCUUUCAGUACGUGGUAGAUGAUGUCGUCAUAUACUCUACGCGAUAUCGUCGUACGUUUCAAUCGGCAAUGGCGUUACUGUUCGCCGUUCUACCACCCGAAAAGUGGCUUGCAAUGCAGAUACAGGAAAGCCACAGUUUGUCUUAUUGCUUCUCGGACUGUGCCUGCCCCCAGGCGGAGAAGCUGAAGAAACAGCUUGCAAACGAGAUGAAUGGCCAUCUGGCAAAACAUCCGGCCAUUGGUGCGAUAGUGCAAUGGAUAGGAGCGGCCUUGCUACAGAACCCACAGGCAGCGGGACAACAGAUAAAUCCACUCGAAAUACGUGACGCACUGUUGGCUCAUAUCUGCCAUGGAGCCCCAUUGCCUUGCCGGAAGAUUCACAGCAAUGUUCAGACAGCGGAUGGACAUCGGUACGGAUCUAAAGCUCCCAUUAGCUCGACACUAGAUCCGCUCGGUCUCGAUGUUAUCAACAUCGAUCUGGAUGAACCAACGCUUGGUGGAGGGUCCGGUCCACCCAUCAACACGGAGCAACCGGAUGAUUCGGAUACGACCGAACAGGAACCGGAAAUUGAAGGAUGCGUUGAGAAGAGUCACGUGCUCGCCUUGAUGUCAUACAUCCACUGGGCCGGUAUGAAGGAACUGUACAGCCAAUCCAUGCGCCAACAGGGACUGCUGCGAUCGUACGGGCUAAUGCGCAACAUUGUUGCGUACAUGCUGCGAAUGAUCUCGGGAGAUCGGGUAAAAUUUGUGCUUUACUCUGGGCACGAUAAAACGAUUGAGUAUUUGAUAGCCUCGCUGGGCGUACAAUUGGAGAAUCCAUUCAUACCGUACGCGUCGCGGAUGGCUUUUGAGGUGUACAAAAGUGAGAAGGAUACGCAGUACUACUUUCGUUUGGUUUAUAAUGGCCGGGAUGUUACGAACACUAUAGACGUAUGCGAAAGUGGCAAAAGUCUAAAUGUACCGAGAGGUAUUCGUGGCGGACGAGGACAUCUGUGUCCGAUCGAAAACAUUAUUCGGUUCAUUCACGAUGAUUACUUCCUUUCGCUUAAUGCCACCAACUACAAGGAUGCUUGUCUGGCACAGACAAAGCAGGAAGGGUUUUUCUAGAAGAAUAAUGUCGCUGUUACGUAGAAAGUGAGAUUUACAAAAGUGAGCAGUUUGUUUUUUGUUCAAAUACAAAAGUAUCGUAUUUUACGUAUGUUAAGUUGCAAAAAAGGGGGCGAAAAUUCUCUUAUUACCUGUGAUAACUUAGUAGUGUACAUGUUUUUAAUUAAGCAGUGUUUCAUAUUAAAUGAAUUUUGUUUAUUUGUGUUGAUAAUUUAUAUGUUCGAAUGUUUCAAAUUGCUUGCUCAAUAGGGUUAGUGAGAACUAAAAGUAAAUCAGUACUUUAACGAAAACAUAGCCACUUAAUGCCAUGGAAAACGAUACAUAUCAUUGACGUGCGGACAACACUGUUCUUUAAGUGUUUUUAAUGUUAUAAGUGUUUACAGAUAUGAUGUAUAAUGUUUACAGAUAUAUAUAUAUAUAUAUAUAUAAACAAAAUGAUAAAUUUCAGUAAAAAUAAACAAGCUUCCUUAAACUAGAGAGAGAACAUAUUUUCAUUGCAAAUACAAAACAAAAUACUCUUAGGUGGAUGGUUGAUCAUACAUUUCCGAUACAUUGUAAUGAUCUGAAUAUUAUUUUGGUGAUCUGAUCUGAAUAAAGUCGUGCUAUCAGA